AUGUUGUCUCUCAAACUACACAAUCAAACGGUCGAGAAAAUAUCUGCAAACGUUCGACAAUUCUACGAACGAAAAGAGAAAUUUAGAAUUAAUCAUGGCUCUACGAAUAGUACACGAAAUAAUGCAAAAGGCAAAAAUAUAAUCAAUAUUGGUGGACUGUCACAUGUAUUGGAAGUCAACACUGCAACUCAGACAGCAUGGGUAGAACCAAAUGUGCCAAUGGAUAGAUUGGUGGAAGAGACGUUAAAAUAUGGACUUGUACCACCAGUUGUCAUGGAGUUUCCUGGAAUUACUGCUGGAGGAGGAUAUGCGGGGACAUCUGGUGAAAGCAGUUCUUUUCGACAUGGUUUCUUUAAUGAGACGAUCAAUCGGGUUGAGAUGAUUUUGGCAGAUGGUCAGGUUAUUCAAUGUUCGAAGACUGACAAGCCUGAUUUAUUUCAUGGAGCGGCCGGAGCGGUUGGAAGUAUGGGUGUUACGACAUUGGUUGAGUUGCAGUUACAAAAGGCGAAGAAAUUUGUCGAAACUACAUAUCAUCCGGUAUCUAGCAUGCCAGAUGCAAUCAAGAAGGUUGAAGAGAUGACUACAGAUCCAACCAUCGAUUAUGUUGACGGAAUUAUGUUUUCGAAGGGGAAAGGUGCUAUCAUUACUGGUCGUUUGACAGAUGUACCAACAGACAAUACUCCAGUACAACGUUUUGGUAGUGCUUCAGAUCCAUGGUUCUACAUGCAUGUAGAAUCCAGUAUUGGCAAUAGUAAAUCCGCCCCAAGAUUUGCUAUACCUCUCGCGGAAUACUUCUUUCGAUAUGAUCGUGGAGCAUUCUGGGUAGGUGCUUCAGCUUUCAAAUAUUUUUCCUUCCCCUUCAACAAAUUUACUCGAUGGUUCUUGGAUGACUUUUUACACACCCGUAUGUUAUAUACCGCACUUCACACUGCUGGUAUGCCACCUGGCUAUAUUGUCCAAGAUUUGGCUUUACCAUAUUCCACCGCCACAGAAUUUGUAGAAUACACCGAUGAAUAUUUUGGAAUCUAUCCCUUAUGGCUCUGUCCAUUAAAGCAAAGCGCAAUGCCAACCAUGCAUCCCCAUUCCGCCUCCUACGAAGCUGACGGGAAAACCCUCAAACCUCUAAUGAACAUCGGACUCUGGGGCUACGGAAAAGAAAAAGAUCUCGUAAAAGCCAACAUCAGUCUCGAGAAAAAGCUCAAAGAAUUAGGUGGCAUGAAAUGGUUAUAUGCACAAACCUACUACAACGAAGAACAAUUCUGGGAAAUGUAUGAUCGCAAAUGGUAUGAUGGGUUGAGGGAGAAAUACGGAGCAACCACUUUACCAAGUGUUUAUGAGAAAGUCAAAGCAGCCCCAAAGACCGAGGUAGCAAAAUCCUUGAGCUUGUCGGAGAAAUUUCUGAAGGCGUGGCCGAUAAGUGGCUUUCAUGGCAUUUACAAGGCAAUACAAAGUAAAACUUAUUUAGCAGCUAGGGCUUCUGCAUGGAAGACUUUUAACUUUGCGACGGUGAAAGAGAAGGAAGUUGAUGCCUAG